AUGGGAUGGUUCAGAAAGGUUGCUGGAUUUCUAGGGCUUGGAAACCACGAUCACGAUUCCAAGGAUGCCGCAGACGACGAGCACGACGGCCAACCUCGUACGACGCCCUAUCGAGUCAGAGAACCUGGUCUUCCUCGUAAAGGCUUUAGCGUCCCUACCCAGGUCGUCGUCGACCGCCACCACCUCGCUCCCGUUCUCACUCCCUCUACGUCCGGCGACGGCGGAAUUCAGGGUCUGGGUUGGUAUGCUAAGCGUCUUAGGAUGGAUGAAGAUGGAGAUGUAGCAGAUGAAUUCCUUGAUGAGGUUUUGUCAGCGAUGCCAGAAGGACUUGCAGAAGAUCAUCAUAAAACACAGGCAAGGUUUAAACUGAAGAAUGGGACCAAGGCAGUCAGAGUGAACAAACAGAUCCUAUUAGAUGGGAAAAUUAUUCCUCAUUGUGUGGAACACCAGGGCAGAUUGUAG